CUAACGCCCUCCAAAACGCAAACCCAAACCCAAACCCAAACCCAAACCCAGUCCCAAACCCAUUACAAAUAGAAAAGCCCAUUUCUCUCUCUCUCUCUCUUUCCCAUGGGUUUUCCAGUGGGCUACUCGGAGCUGCUCCUCCCAAAACUCCUCCUCAACGCUCUCUCUCUCCUCACCGUCCUCCGCAAACUCAUCUCAUGGAUUUGCAGAUGCCUUGGCCUCAACGACUUCCUGGAUUCCGCCAACCCCCAAAUCGAACGCCCAGUAAUCUCCCCUGUAUUCCCCUCCGUCUCCGCCAUCCUCAUCCGGGAAAUCCUACCCGUAGUUCGCUUCGAAGAGCUCACCGAUGCUUUCCACGCGUCCGAGAGCUGCGCCGUUUGCCUGUACGAGUUCGAGGGGCGGGAAGAAAUCCGACGGCUGGCCAACUGCUGUCACAUAUUUCACCGGAGCUGUCUUGACCGUUGGAUGGACCACGACCAGAAGACGUGUCCGCUUUGCCGGACACCGCUCGUCCCUGAGGACCUUCAGGACGCCUUCAAUGAGAGGCUUUGGGCCGCUGCCGGAAUUUCGGAUUUUUUAGGGGAAUAUUCCGGUCUCUCGUCGUAGCAGAGUUCUAAAGACCCAAAAGUCAAUUGUGAAUAUGAGAAAGAUCAAAAAGCUUUUAUUUAUUUUUUUCUUUUUUCUUUUUACGCCCCUCUUUUGCUCCUUUCUCUUUCUUUCUCUUCAUAUUUUCAAGGCAAUGAAAUUGAGGGAAUUUUACAAGGGAAACUGGAUCUCCUUGUACAGCCUGCGAGAAAUGUCCAAUUUCUCAAUUAGUAGUGAGAGAGAGAAUGAAAUUUCGAUCUUGUUCUUUUGUUCAAUUUCUCCAGAUCAAAAAAAAAAAAAAUACAAUCCUGUUCUUUUGUU